GGGUUUCUAGAACUGGAACCAAUCGAAAUUGUUUCUGACAAUAUAUAUAUAUCAUCUUCAUUCUCUCUCUCCUUCUUAAAACUACUUGCAGACCAUUUUCCUUCCACAUCUCAAAACCCUAAUUCUAACAAUACAUGCCCCGCCUUUUCACAAGAUCAGAGAAGAUCGCAUUCACAUACAAAGUGUUUGAAGAUAUUACUUUGAUGUAACAAAUAAUGGAGGCAAACGUAUGUGAUGUUAAUCGUUUAGACUCUGAUGUUCUUCUGCCUCCAAGAAAGCGUCUACUCGCCUGUUUAAAAAAGCAAAAUGGCGACAUCAAUGGAAGCCCAAAUUCACCAUCAACAUGUACCCCAUUGAGUAAAUUAGACACCCGAAUCAGUUACUUAUUAAGAGCUCAUUUAAGCACUGAUAAUCCUUCACAAGAGGAGAUUGUAGCAGCCUCAAGAUCAGCAGCUGAAGUUGCAGUCAAAGUCGCCAUGGCUGCAAGAGCUGCAGCUGAAGAGAAAGCAGUAAUAGCAUCCAAAGCCAUGGCUGCUGCCAAAAAAGCUUUAGAAUUAGUCGCCAUUGUUGAUGAUCAAAAUCAAGAAACACCAUCUUCUCCAGAACAAGAUUCAAAUUCAAAGAAGAAUAAGCAAGUUGAGGUACAAAUGUUGUAUAACAAUAAGAAACCAAGGUUAGAAAAUGGUAAUAAGACAAAUGAUGAAGAAUUAGCACGUAAAUUACACCAAGCCAUAAACAGCUCCCCUAGAAUUUCAAAAUCUGGUGUACCUCUUCCCUCUGAGUUAAAGGCUCAUAAUAAUAAUAAGCUUAAAAAGUUAUCAGAAAACGGUAUAAUUAGCAAUGGAAGUAUAGUUGUUGAAGGGAUUUAUAGAAAUGAUAAAAAAGCAGAAGAAGAUAUUACAACAAAUGGGGAGAGAGAGAGAAUACAGACACAGACACAAACACAUUCAAAGGUGAAAUCUUGUGAUGAUGAUAUGAGUAUGACUUCUUUUGGUAGAAAAAGGGGAAGAAUGAAACAGAAGAAGUUGCCAUUGAGUAUAUGUCAUGAUAGGGAUCAACUUCAACUUCAAGCAAACCCUAACCCUAACCCUAACCCUAACCCUAAAGAGGUUCAUGAUCAUCAUCCUUCUUCUAAAACCUCAUUAUCUGUAGGGAUGCCACCUGGCAAUAAUGUUGUUGAGAGGAAUUUGUGGAAGUGUCAGGCUUUUAAAGCAUCCCCUUGUGUUAAACAAAACAAAGUUAUGCAGUUGUGAUGUUUUUAUGUUUACCAUAACAAUCAGCAAUUGGGAGAGCAUAGUGGUUCAGGCUGAAAGAAGUUAACUUGAAGAGAAAGAAUGAAUGAAUGAAUGGAUGGUAGUGUGAGAUGAUGAAUUAGGGGAUUGAUUAUAAGAGAGAUAUGUUCAUGUUGUAUGUAGUACAAAAGGUUGAAAGUGUUGAUGAUAUUUUCUGAUUAGUCUUUGUGGUGUUUGACAUGGGUUUGUAAAGACAAACAAGAUUUUUUUGGCUUGAAUAAUGGAAAAUCCUUUAAUAUUA